CUAAAACGCUGCAUACUGAAAAGUGCAUAAGGAUAUACAGAGAUAUAUUAACACGAGCAGAUUAUAUUUUGAAGGCGCACACGGACACUUGUAUCAUCUUAAUACACACAGACAGUGUUGGAUGAGCUGCAUACCGUAUUGGAGAGAAGAGUCUCGGCUUGGUCGACCUUAAAAACAGCGCUCCGUCCCGGCUGGACUCCGUCUAAAGUCCUGCGGUGAUCCAGAGGCUGCGAGGCAAGUUGGUGCGGAGUGGGCUCGGGUUCUGCAGGGGGAGAAGUCGUAACAACAGCUGCACGCAGGGCAGCCGCAAGUGUCGUCUCAGCAAUUAAUUGGCUGGAAAGAGGAUUCAGUCUACGCCAAAAUAUUGUGAGCGUGUCUCAUCCCUGCGUGUGAAAAUCAAAGGUGGUAAAAAUGAUCAGUGACUUACCAGUGAUUUGUGGGUGGGGUCGUGACGUCGGCGAGUUGAACAAUCUGUCCUCGUGCGGAUGACGCAACAACGUCCUGUCUCGUGCGUCCUUUGGUAAUUUACGACAGCCCACUUUACUAGUGUGCGCACACUUUGAGCUCCAGACACGUCCCCAAUACAGAGUCAGCCUUCUUCAUCAGUGUAUUGAGUUUCUUUGAGUCACUGACUGAUGCUGCAGAUGAAACUGAACCCUUCUCCCGCAUGGAUCUAGAAGACAAGCAACAUCCUGCUGCCAGUAUUGAAGGACCUAAACUUCCUCAAGAAGUACAGCCUGCUCUGUCACCUCUUGUAGACAGGCUCAGCUGCAUCUGCAGGUGUCUGUAGUCCUCCACCACAGCCACUUCUCCCAAUGGCUUCAACCCAGCUGUGUGGGAUGCUGGUGUACGGGCUGCUGCUGCACACUGUACCCACACAGGGAGCUGCAGCUGAGGUAAAAAGAAAACCCAACUUCAUCAUCAUACUGGCAGACGAUAUAGGCUGGGGUGACCUGGAUGCUAACCAACCUGAGAAGAAGGCAAACAACACGCCUCACCUGAACAUUAUGGGCGAGCAAGGAUUGAGAUUGACAGACUUCCACUCCCCUGCCUCCACUUGCUCUCCAUCCCGUGCAGCUAUCCUGACGGGCCGUUAUGGCCUCAGAAACGGGGUGACUCAUAACUUUGCAGUAAAUUCUGUGGCUGGUCUGCCUCUCACCGAAGUCACCUUGCCCCGGCUGCUGCAGGAGGCGGGAUAUUACACGGCGAUGGUCGGGAAGUGGCAUCUCGGGCACAAUGGACCGUAUAGUCCAACAAGUAGAGGUUUUGACUAUUACUUGGGUAUUCCCUAUAGUAAUGACAUGGGCUGUACUGACAGACCAGGAUAUAACAUCCCCCCGUGCCUGCCCUGUGUCUCAGCCAGACCUGAGGUUAUCAGAUUGAGGAGAAGUGAGCACCCAGGGUGUUACUCCAAAGUUGGCCUUCCUCUGAUUGAAAACAGCAGUAUUGUGGAGCAGCCGCUAAACCUGUGGACGCUAACAGAACGGUACAAGUCUGCUGCACUCAGGAUCAUAAACAAUGCAAGGGCUCGAGGACAGCCGUAUCUGCUCUACAUAGCAGCGGCUCAUAUGCACGUCCCAUUGGCCCCUCCACCCUCCUCAGAAGCCCCUUCAGCUGCUCACCAGCGCAGUGAUGGAGUCUAUGCUGCCACGCUACGAGAGCUGGACUCGCUGAUCGGGACAAUAAAAGCCGCCUCCGAUGGCACAGAUGGAAAUAAUACUCUCAUCUGGUUCACUGGUGACAAUGGACCUUGGGAACAGAAGUGCCAGUAUGCAGGAAGUGUUGGGCCUUUCCAAGGAAAAUGGCAGACCAACAAAGGUGGAGGUUCAGCUAAACGCACCACCUGGGAAGGAGGUCACAGGGUCCCAACAGUGGUUUACUGGCCUGGGAGGAUACCUGCAAACACCACCAGCUCAGCCCUGCUCAGUGGUAUGGACAUCUUCCCGACCGUUCUUUCCCUGGCAGGCGUAACACCCCCCUCCGACAGACGUUACGAUGGCAUUGAUGCCACAAAUAUUCUCUUGCAUAAUGAACACACUGGACGUGAGUUUCUCUUCCACCCCAAUAGUGGUGCUGCUGGGAUGUUUGGGGACUUGCAGACUGUUCGGGCUGGGAAAUACAAAGCUUUCUACAUCACAGGUGCAGCAACCGCAUGUGGUGGUGGUACAGGACAGCCGCAGCUCCAUGACCCAGCGCUAAUAUUUGAUCUGGACCGAGAAAAAGCUGAGGAAACACCCCUGCAGGUCCAGUCACCUGAAUACCAGGCAGUCUUGCAGAAGAUCGAUCGAAGGAGGGAAGAGCUAUUUUGGGACAUCACCACUGAUAAUUCGGUCUCCACCGCAGACUACAGAACAGAAGAGUCGGCGGCACCGUGCUGCGAUCAAAGACGCGUUGUCUGUCGAUGCAACACUGUGGGCUGAGCGGUAAAUGACACGUAUGUAGACGCAUGUAGUCACAGAGGUGAGCAAACAAAUGUGGAAAACAUCUCUUUUGGAUGUGUGCAGGUUUUGUUUGUGAAGUUCAAUGUCUACAUGCAGCAGAUGUGUAAACAAGAAGGAAGGUCAAAGUUAAGCAGAUGUGAUCAGAUUUCUCUGGAUGCAUUUAACUUAAGCAGAGAACACAUUUCAGUGUGUUUUUUAAGAUAUAUACAACAAAUAAAAAUGAUUACUAUUAUUACUAUUACUUGUUACUUAAUGCAAAAUCCUAUGGUAUACUAAUCCAUCUGUAACACCACAUUGUUUAUGUGUGGAUGUUUUUUGCAAUGUAAAUCAAAACACAUGAUUUGUUCACAAUUCAGGAUUCAGAGAACGAACUUCCUGCAAAGGAAAGUGCUUGUUAUUUUAUAGAUAUUUGAUAAGAUUCAAUACAGUAUUAAAACAUUUACGGCAUGAACAGUUUGAGUCGAGGUUUUGAAAAAAUCAAAGCAACUCAUUGUAGUGGUUCAACCAUUUUUUUUCUUUAGAUUUAUUGGGUCCAAAUUUCCCACACUGAACAAUGAAGUGCAGCUUAAAGGGUGUCCAAACAUCGCCAUCUUUUGGCAAAUCAUGAUUUUACUUGGCUAAGUACUACAGCAGUACCACAUAGAAAUGUUAUAUAUACAUUAUACUUACAGUAAAAAUCAUCAAUAUAUAUUUACGUAUAGUACGUCUAAGUGUUGUGUAGUAUUUUUGCAAAAAGAAUAUUUAAUACAUCAAUGUAAAAAUAACUAUGACUUACAAGUUAACAUAUUCAGCAUCAUGUGUAAAUAAAAAGGUCUUCAGAAAAUCACUGAAUAUAAAAGAUGUGAAACGUUUCCAUGUGCAAUUUGUCAUCAACCCUUUCACAUUUAGCCAUCGAUCGUCUUACAGAGUCAUCUCUUCCGGACAUCUUAUCAGGUUAUGUUUUCAUACGAUGAUCUAACGCUACCAAAAUUAGCAUCGUAGCUGCAUUUUUAAGUAACAUGAUACAGCAUGUGUCAUGAUUUAAAUCAUGAAUUGCACAAUAUAUUUUCCUUCUUGAGAAAACUGCUGCUUUUCUC